AUGUUUCAAGUCAAAGACGCCGUGAUUCCUGUGGGAUCUUGGAUUCUGGUCACUGGGACAAAUGGCUAUAUAGCCUCCCAUGUGGCUGAUGAAUUACUACAACUUGGGUACAAUGUCCGUGGGAGUGUCCGUAACCUGGAAAAAAGCCAUUGGAUCCAAGAUCUGUUCAAUCAGAGAUACGGUGACAACAGGUUUGAACUAGUCCUUGUUGAAGAUGCGACGCGCAAGGGCGCCUUUGAGGAGUCCGUCAAAGGUGUUUCGGCCGUGGCGCACGUAGCAACCAUCCUCGGCAGCCCAGGAAGCCCAGUCGAGUUCAUAUCUUCCGUAGUGGACAUGAACUGCAACGUGUUGGAGACCGCUGCAAAGGAGACCAGUGUGAAGCGGUUCGUGUACACAUCGUCAUCCGAGUCUGCCGUCUAUACGUCCGUUGACCAACCGGGCGAAUCACCGGUGACAUCGCGUUCAUGGAAUGAACUCGCCAUCACCAGAGCACAGGGUGUAUCCUCGCCAAGUAGAGGGUUUGAUGUGUACGCUGCAAGUAAAACUCGGGGGGAACAGACGAUCUGGACAUGGAUACGGGAGCACAAGCCCGGAUUUGUUGCCAACACAGUCCUACCUUCCUUGUGCUUUGGAGGCUCGAUAGAUCCCCAGAAUCAGGGACAUCCAUCAUCUUCUGGGUGGCCGGUGGCUAUAUUUCAAAACCAUAUAGAUCCGAUCAUGCCAAUCCUCAACUCUAUUGUACCGCGAGGUACCUACUGCGUCGAUGUACAAGAUGUUGCAGCCCUCCAUGUCGCGGGUUUGCUGCACCCCAACGUGGAAAGCGAACGCAUCUUUGCUUUCGGGGCCCCGUUCCACUGGGCCGAUAUCGUGACAGGGUUCUCGAAACUAUUUCCAGAGCGCGAUUUCCCCACAAACAUGACGGGUCUGGGAGAGCAGGAGAAAGUCCUCAAUAUUGAGAGUGCAGAACGGUCAGCAGGUCUGCUGAAAGAAAUGGGCUGGUCAGGCUGGACUUUACUGGAAGAUACCUUGAAAGCCAAUAUCGCUGAUCUGGUUUGA